CUAGCCAUAGAUUAAAAUUAAAAAAAAUAUUUGUAGACGUAGGUACUUAUCCCUUCAAAAAGUGAUUCGCUGUGAAUCAAUUUUAACCAAUUUCUUGUUGUUUUGUUAGAUUAUUUUAGUUUGUUUUUCCAUUUAUUAUUUCUAAAGAAAAUCAAUCACAAAAUCCUACCGUAAGGGGGGCGUUUCCACCAAAUCGCAUCGGCCUCCGGCCUUGGCCUACGGGCUUCACAUUUUAAAAAAACAAGAACUUCAAGAUUUUUUAUAGGGGCCGUGUUUCACAACGAUAUCUUAAUAUGUCUCAAUGGAACAAUUCAUACGUAUACGACAACCAGUAUCAGGGUACUGAUGGGUGGAACGGAGACCUGAACAGUCAGUACGUAAACCAAGCCUAUUACCCCAACCAACAAUAUGAACCCACCAGUCAACAAUAUGUGAGCUUUAAUGAGUUCUUAAAUCAAAUGCAGGGUAAUGGAGCUCCAUCUACUAGCUCUAACAACUACAAUAGUGCACAAUACCAAAAUUACAGUCAAUAUGAUUACCAAAAUAUACCAACAAACUCACAGAAUGCACAAACAGAUGGCUAUUAUGGAACAAAUCCAUCCAAUUCAAGAAAUGGUGCCCAGUCAUUCUCUAAUAAUCAAUUUGAUAGUAAAAUGCAAGAUUCCCGUCAGUCAAAUCUAUAUACAAAUGACCUAAUUCUUAAAUCAAACUUAACCCCAACUGCCAGUGAAUUUGUGCCAAAAGGCUCUGGAAGCAAGCCAUCUACUAGCAGACAUAAUAUACCAGAAGCUUCCAAUUCUGAUAAUGCGGCAAGUAAUAGUGUAUCUGAACAGAGAACACAAAAGAACAGAGGCAAUGCAUCAGACAGUAAUUGGAGAGAAAGACCUCAAACCUCACAACAACAAAAUGGGGAGCCGAGUUAUAAAAAUGAAAAUAAUAGUCGCUCCCAUGAUAGUUAUAGGAAUAGCGAUAGUAACAAUAGAAAAAGAGACUCUAAAAUUCGCUAUCAAGAAUCUAGUAACUAUGAAAAUGGUAGUCGAAAUAAUAGGAAUCAAUCCAAAACUAAGUCGAAAAACAAAGAUGGAGAUGCUAGGACUUUUUAUAAUAGUACAGUAGACAAAAACAGCUAUGACUACAGGAAUGGCAGGGGAGAAAACUCCAAUAGGAACAGAAACUGGGCAGGAAGCCAGAGAGUAAGGGCUACUGAACGAGAUACUGUUGAGGAUGAGCAGUAUGCAAGUAGCUAUUUAGUUCAUAAAGAUGAUAAAAUAACCAAACAAGAUAAAAUGUCCAGUCCGAAACAAAGAGGAAAACACCCUGAAAAUGUGCACACAGAAAUGACACAACGAGAGAGACUAAGUGAACAGUUAGAUAAAGGGACCCUGGAAUGCUUGGUUUGCUGCGAGCGUGUUAAGCAGAUUGACCCUGUAUGGUCGUGUAGCAACUGUUAUCAUGUAUUGCACUUACGUUGCAUUAGAAAAUGGGCCAUGAGCAGUGUUGUUGAGGGCAAAUGGCGCUGCCCAGCCUGUCAAAACACUAGUGAAGAGAUCCCCAUGGAGUACCGCUGCAUGUGUGGCAAUGUUCGUUCGCCUGAGUAUCAGCGUGGGAAUGCUGGUGCUCACACUUGCGGCAAGUCGUGUCGGCGCUCGCGCACCUGUCCGCAUCCCUGUACGCUGUUGUGCCACCCGGGGCCUUGCCCGCCCUGCCAGGCUACCAUUACCAAGCAUUGUGGCUGUGGCGCCGAAGCCCGCUCAGUGAUGUGCAGCAGCAAGCUGUCGCAAGUGUGCGGUCGCGUAUGCAACCGAUUACUGGACUGCGGCGUACACACCUGCCAAAAGGAGUGCCACGAUGGAGCAUGCGACGAUUGUGGCGAAACUGUAACUCAAGUCUGCUACUGCCCAGCGGCACAGAGUCGCUCGGUACCCUGCACGCGCGAGACGGGCGGCGUUACGCAGUGGUCGUGCGGCGAGGCGUGCUCGCGCGUGUUAGCGUGCGGACAGCACGUGUGCCGUGCCGUCUGCCACGCGCCGCCCUGCCCGGCCUGCAGGCUGCUGCCCGCCCUGGUGGCCACCUGCCCCUGCGGCAGGACCCGGUUAGCGGAGGGGUCUCGCAAAGCUUGCACAGAUCCUAUUCCUCUAUGCGGUAACAUUUGCGCCAAGCCACUGCCGUGCGGGCCGGCUGGCGAUAAACACUUUUGCAAACAGGACUGCCAUGAUGGCGAAUGCCCGGUAUGCCCUGAUAAAACGCUUCUACAAUGUCGCUGCGGUCAUUCCAGCCGCGAAGUGCCCUGCUCUGAGCUGUCCCAGAGUUACAACAAUAUCUUCUGUCAAAAGAAGUGCAAUAAGAAACUGUCGUGCGGCCGCCACCGCUGCCGCACCGCGUGCUGCGCGGCCACGUCGCACCGGUGCGCGGUGGUCUGCGGGCGCACUCUCUCCUGCCAGACGCACCGCUGCGAGGAAUUCUGCCACACGGGACACUGCGCGCCUUGUCCGCGACUGGGAUUCGAAGAGCUCCGCUGCGCGUGCGGCGAGCAAGCCCUCCUGCCCCCUGUUGCAUGUGGGGCCCGCCCCCCGCCCUGCUCCGCGCCCUGCCGCGUGCCCCGCCCCUGUGGCCACCCUCCGCACCACUCGUGCCACCAGGCCGACUGCCCACCCUGCGUCGUGCUCACCACCAAGCGUUGCCACGGCGGACACGAGGAACGAAAAACAAUACCGUGCUCCCAAGAUGAGUUCUCCUGCGGCCUGCCGUGCGGCAAGCCUCUACCUUGCGGCAAGCACACCUGCAUCAAGACUUGUCACAAGGGACCUUGUGAUACUGGCAAGUGUACCCAGCCUUGCAACGAGAAGCGCCCCAGCUGCGGACACCCUUGCUCCGCCGCGUGCCACUCGAGUAGCGGCACCCCCUGCCCCUCCAGCGCGCCGUGCCGCCGCCCCGUGCGCGCCACCUGCCCCUGCGGCCGCCGCGCACAGGAGCGCGCCUGCGCCGACAACGCGCGCGACACCGCCAAAAUGAUGAGCGCACUAGCUGCAACUAAGAUACAAGAAAAUGGCUCCGUCGAUUUAUCCGAGGUCCAACGCCCGGCCAACAUGUUGAAAACAUUGGAAUGCGACGACGAGUGUCGCGUCGAACAGCGUACCCGACAGAUGGCAUUGGCACUACAGAUCCGUAACCCUGACGUAUCGUCGAAGCUGGCGCCGCGCUACAGCGACGGGCUGCGAGCCACCGCCGUCAAGGAACCGGCGUUCGCGCAGCAGAUACACGAUAAACUUACGGAGCUCGUGCACUUGGCCAAGAAGUCGAAACAGAAGACCCGUUCGCACUCGUUCCCGUCGAUGAACUGGCAGAAGCGACAGUUCAUACACGAGCUGUGCGAGCACUUCGGCUGCGAGAGUGUAGCCUACGACGCUGAGCCAAAUCGCAACGUUGUCGCCACCGCUGAUAAGGAGAAGUCUUGGCUGCCGGCGAUGAGCAUAUUAGAGGUGGUAGCCAGAGAAGCGGGCAAGAGACGCGUCCCGGGGCCGGUGCUGCGGCCACCCACUGCUUCUGCGGCCUCUGCUUCCAACAACGGGCCCGCUCAAACCAAGUCGGGAUGGGCAACGCUUACAUCAUCGAACGCGUGGGCGGCGCGACAAUCUGCAACCGCGUCUGCUUCCGCUUCCGCUAACGCUGUAACAUCAAGCCCCUCCCGUAACCCCGCGCCGCCCGUAGAAAAGAUCGACUACUUCGACAACCCGCCGGACAACUAGUCGGACGAUGCGUCGCAUCAGCAACACUUAUCGGUAUAACGCUUCAGUACGACUUUUUUAUUAUUAUUAUUAUGUAUACUCGUGAAAAGUGCCUAGGGUAAGCGUAAAUUUAAAAAAUGCUAAUCAUUAUUUACCAAAUCCAAUAUUUCAGUACCCUUAGUACGAGUUUGAGCUCACGAAAACUAUCAUAGUUUUCGUAAUUGUAAAUUUUGUUUCUACGCCCAUUUUGGUGAAAAGUAACCGAAUAUACUUAAAUUUUAAGAAGACGCAAAUGAUUUAAUGACAGAAUUUAAACACCUGUUUCUUUGUAUUGAAACUAAAACAAUAAAAUCAGUACCCUUAGUACGAUUGCGAGCUCACGAAAACUAUCAUAGUUUUCGUAAUUGUAAAACUCGUACUAAGGGUGCAGAUUGACUUUUGUGCUUUCUUAAAUAUAAACUCUCAACUUACCGCUAUCUAUUUUGUAAAAGUAAAGAAAGAGAUCGGAUUUAUCUAAUUUUGGGAAACUAACCUAAGUUAACAGCGACAUCAAUUGCGUAAAUACUUGAUCCUAGACACUUUUCAUGUAUUUUACAUUGCGAAACGAACACAAUCUUUAAAAGUUCACAACCGUUCCUUUUACCCUGUGUCCAGUAAGAGAUAUCCUUAUAAUACCUACUCUAUUUACGAAAAAGCGCUUUCUUGAUCGCUUUCAAAUGGCAAUAAUGAAAAUAACGUCACACGAGAAAGGGAGCUGCCAUUUGUCAGAGUAACGAUAACAAUACAAUUCGACCAAUGAGAGGAAAGUUGUGGCAUUUUAAUUCUAAUUAAAAAGUAUGAGGGUCACCCUGACUAAAUUACAUACUUCCAGUGUUAAUAUUACAUAAACUAAUUAGCUGAUAGCCUUAUUAGAAAUAAGUAAUACUAUUGAAUACCAUUUUGGCACAUUAUUUAAUGGUUCAAUUAUGAAAGAAUAGAUUUUACAAAUCAAAUAACAUGUUUUUUUCUGGUUCAUUCUUUUCAUUCAAAGUUACAUUAUAUCUACUUUCUGAGCUAAUAAAACUACGAGUAUCUUUUUACGACGAUAAGCUCUAGUUAAUAUAUAACUGCGCCCAUUCAGAUUAUAAGUGUGAACUUAGUCCAAACGCGAUUAGAGAUGGAGCACCAAUACUUAUGCAGUCAAUAUCUCUUACUGGUUGUAGGAUCUUGGGAGCUGUCUAUAUAUCUAUAAUGAGAUCAUUUUACGAAGCAUAACUAAAUUGUUUAUUAUCAUUAUCACGACCACUCAGUUCAACCGUUGUGUUUGGCAUCGCGUUGAUAAUUUCAUAUCACGGUGUUCAGUUGUAGAAAUAAUUGAAUCAUAAAAUAUCAGAAUUGGACAAAAUUAAAAGAGAAUAUUGAUAUAAUAAGAAUUCGCUUUUUCUUUUCGAUUACUCAAAUGAUAUGCAAAAUAACUGUUCACAAACGAUACAGCAAUAGUGUGAUUACUAAACGCAUUGGGUUUAUCGGUGAGUGUUAAUAAUAUAGGUAGUGUUCAUUUUUAUAAACACUCAAUCAUAAUAUUUUACACGAAAUAUAUUAAGAGUUACGUAUUCCUCUUUUCGAAACUUAUUUAUGAUUUGUAUGGAUUUAUUGUACAUACAUACUCAAGUAACAAAAAAAUAUUCUUAUUUAAUUGUAACUGAGAGGCCAUUAAUUAAUGAACUGCAUAUACUUAAUCUCUUAUUAUUAUUGAAGGUAUGUAGUUAUUAAAAUAAUAGUGGAUGCUGGUUCUCCCUGUUAUUAUAGUUUUAUUCGAAUGUGAGGGUCAUUGAUGUAUGUAUUUUGUUUAACCCAUUAUGUUAGCAGUAAUUUUCAUUAAUAUAGAUUUGGCAGUAGAUGGCGUUGGUUUUCUCUCUGAAACUCAUGUUGCUCGAGACUAUACCAAAGUCUCCUACAAUUUGUUGAGAUAUUAACUAAAUAAGAAUGUCAAGGGUAGGGAACGAAUUUAAACAUAAUAAAAUUUAUAUCAGAUUUUCCAAACACUUUGAUUCUUAGAUCGAUUUGCAGAUUAGCUCAAUCAAGCGCACGUCCAUUUAUAUACGCACAAUUAAUUUAUUCACACUGCUGUUGAAAUUCUAAAAAUAGCUACCUACGUAAACAGAUAUGAUUUAAUAACAAUAAACUCAAUCUAAUCGUCUCUGGAGUACAAAAUAAUCCCUUAUUCCCCGUUGUUGUUCGGGCAACAGCGACAUAUCGUCGUUGAUGACAGACUAACACACAUAAUUUACCAAUCUUAAUAUAUUUACUCGAAAUACCUGCAUAGAACAAUUUGGUUUCCCAUACAAACUUUUAAAAACGUACCAUAUUUCCUUCGUUAUGAUCUCCUUUAUCUCUGCGACACAAUUCAUGAAAAAAUAUUCGGCGCCAUAGACAUUAAUCGUACAGACAGACAGUUACGUUCGCAGUCUUCGCAGUUCGAGGCAUUAUGAUUCUCGUUGUUUUGUUUAAAUAAAGUGCAGAAAUAAAAUUAAUAGGAAUUAUCCUUUUUUUUGUUAUUAUAAUAUGACACAAAAUGAUAACAGCCUCCAAGAUACAAUAGGUAAAGAAUUAUUAUAUAUUUUAUGUAUUAUUGUGAUUAAUAUUUUUUUUAGUUUUAAAUUAUCGUACAGUGAAGGCUAAAGUAUGUCAUAAUAUUAAUAUCAUCAAAAAUAUAAAACAUUAUAAUAUAAUCUUCACAUGUGUAAGUAAUUAUUUCUAAAGAUCGCAUGAAAUAUCACUGGUAUUGACUGUUGCUUUAGAUAAUGUACCCAGCCAUUUUGAAUUCUUUGUUGUAAACUUGUCAAAUAUUUUUUGAACUGUGUUGAAUUAUUGAUAUUGUAAAGUCCUUUAAUUGGUGCUGAGCAUCCCCUUGUUUCAGCUUCGCAUUAGACGGAUAAAAAUCGUGACAUUCUUUUUGUAAUUAUUUUGUGUAAAGCGGCCUCAAUUUUUUGUAUACAUUUGAAUUUCUUUCACCAUUUUUAUUCCUGAUGUGAGGACUACUGAACGAAAAGAAACAAUUAUAUUGCUCAGUUUUAAACAUAACAAUCAGUAUAUAUAUGACCUAUCACAAAAAAAAUACAAAAAAAAUUAACUCAAGAAUAAGAAUUAUAAUUGGCCUUUAUUGAUGUGUUCAUUUUAAUCCGUUAUGAAUGUUAAGUUAACCAUAUUAAAUUAGCAAAACUGCUGCAAGUCUAGGUUUAUAUGUAAAGCAUGCAUGGACGCGCCUUAGGACUGAUUCACACUGGAAAGGCAGCGUCGCGGCGAAUACUUUCACACCAAAAGCAGUGAAUAUCUUUUUUCUUCACAAUUAAGUAUGUGGAUUUGUCAACAUACAAUCAGUAAGCAUCAUUUGAAAAUCUCGAAGAAGUCGAGCGGCCGCGUGCAAUGCCGCUCGCUCGCGACACCGCGGAACCAUUUCAAAGGAUUCUGGUCUCUUAAGUGUGUAGAUAAAGUUUAAAAUUAUUUCUCACUGCUUUCAGUGCGAAUGUAUCGCUGUCGACGACCGCCAUUCCGUUUGAUUAAGGCCUUAGUGCGUUUCUGUGUUUAGAAUAGAUGAUGCGCGCGACUCUCGCUGUGCGAAUCAUGUGAACCUAGACUAAACAUUCGCGACAGAAAGAAAAGUAAGUCACGGACACAUUAUCCCUUCUUC